AUGUCUCUUGAAAGCUGGGCAAUAGACAAACUCAGUGUCUUCCUAGGUUUUGACUCGGAAACUCUAGAAACACAAAUUAUACCGUAUCUUAUGAAAAAUGACACACCUGAAGCCUUUUCAAGCCAACUUAUGGAAAUGGUAGGCACCAGUGACAAGGCGCUUGACUUCAUUCAAGACUUUACACAACGGCGCUUUUUCUCAAAACCUGCAAAGUCCACACCUACAUCGUCGAUUGUUGAAACCGAAAAAGCAUCACCAGCUCAAAUACCCGCAGCAUCGUCGUCUACAGGAAUAUCCACUGCUGCUAAUCCAGCAUCAGCCUUCCCUUCUUUACCAUCGAACCAACAGCCUUACGAAACAAUGUGGCCUGCGAAUAUUAGUGUCAAAAAGGAAGACGAUUACGUUGCUGGUUUACGUAAAGCGAGAAAGGCGAAAAAUCGUUCAAAAAAAACUACACAGGAUAUCCGUGAAGCGGCUUUUCCGAAAGAAACCAAACCGCCCGCUCAGAAGAAAGAAAAGAAACCAAAAAAAGAAAUGACAUUGGAAGCAGCUUUAAGAGAAUUAGACAUAAAGGCAGAGAAACCUGGUAAAAAAAGGAAGCCAUGUCAGUGCCAAGCAACAAAGCAUCCUCUUUUGACAGUGGCACCCAACUGCUUGAGUUGUGGAAAGAUCAUUUGUACAGCUGAAGGGAUAGGUCCAUGUACAUUUUGCGGCGAACCUGUGCUAUCAAAAGAGCAACAAUUAGCUGUCAUUGCUGAAGCCAAAAGAAAAAGAGCUGAGCAGAAACAAGCGCAAAAUCAACCCAAAAAAGCGAUUGUAUCAGGAAAUAGUGGCGGUAUGCCUGCUUAUGCGUCGAAACUUGGCGGGGGAAAUAAUAUGUAUACAUACCAAAUGGAUGUGGACAACGAGGACAGAAUAAGAGCUGAACAGCAUAAAGAUAAACUACUGGAGUUUCAACGAACAAGUGCCAAACGUAGCACGGUUAUCGAUCAAGCCACCGAUUUUGAAUUACCCAGUGAUCAGUUGAACCCUUGGUUAACAGCACAGGAGCGAGCUCUUUUACUGAAGAAGCAGCAAUCAAAUUUAAGACGCUUAGAAAAAUUAGGUGGAAGUAGUAAACAUAAAGUUAUGACUAUUGAUGUUGCAACGAAGCAGGUGAAGGUUGAAGACGUGGAUUCUCCUUCUUCGUCUUCUGAUGAUGAUGAAGAAGAGCUAAAACAUGAAACAAAUAGAAACAAGGAGACGAAUAAGGACGAUGGCGUUUCUGCGGGGACGUAUGCUUAUAAUCCUAUGCUGAAAGGUAUUACGGCACCUAAAUUUGUUGGCAAAAAGACCAAAAAAUCCAAGGGAGUGAUAAGACGAAAAGGGCGUGUUCAAUACGAUAUGGAUGACGAGAUAAAUGAUUAUUUGUAUGCUUCAAGUGUUGCCGAUGAUGAUAAUGUAGAUUUGGCACACGAACCCGCGGUCUGUCAAUAA